AUGUCCACUACAUUAGACAGAGCGUACGAGGGGUGCCUCAGCGUGUGUGUGCUGCUGUCUGUUCAGAGCUCUCUGCGCCAGCAGGGUGCGCCAUUCCAAUUUGCCCAUCAGCUACAGAGGCAGGGGGUAAGAGCGCGGGGCAUCGCUGUCGGAGAUUUCACAUUCAAGGGACAAGAUUACCUGUCAGGGGACCCCUGUGUGGAGGUGAUGAGGGAGGGCGACUGCAGGGGCACAGUGUGGGGCAGUUGGGACUGUUGGAGAGGGGAGGGGUACCAUGGGGUGAGGAAAGAGGGGUGGUUGUGCAGUGGAGGAGGGGGCAAAGAGAGUGGCAGCAAGAGAGAGAUGGAAACAGGUCGAAGACAAGACAGCAGAGACACAUGGAACGAGCGUAGAAAAAAGGAAGGACUGAACCAUGAAUGCAAGCUCUGUAGUCAGUCAUUCGACUCACCAGCGAAGCUUCAAUGCCACCUGAUUGAGCACAGCUUUGAGGGCAUGGGUGGAACAUUCAAGUGUCCAGUCUGCUUCACAGUGUUCGUCCAGGCCAACAAGCUCCAGCAGCACAUCUUCUCUGCCCACGGACAGGAGGAUAAAAUCUAUGACUGCUCGCAGUGUCCGCAGAAGUUCUUCUUCCAGACAGAGUUACAGAAACAAGAGCAGAACAUGAAAGACCUAUGGCACUGUUGUGGAGCAGGGGGUUAUGAAAGGGAAGCAGGAAUGAUCUUGGGGGAUAAGAUGAUCAUUAUCCUUAUGGUGUGA